UAAUUUUGCACUAAAUUUCAUCGAUUUAGAAUGAAAUUUACAAUCAUCAAUAAUCUCCAAUUAUUUUGUAUACACUACAAGUAAACAAAAAUAUUAACUAAAUACAAAUUUAUAUACUAGGUUUAUCAAUCUGAUAUUAAAAUAAUUAGUAUACAUUGUACUUUUGAUUUAACAAAGGUGGAAAUAACCAUUUAAGAAGAAAAGACAUACAUUGUUCAAAGUUCCUGGAAGUUUGAUGAGGUCUUGACGUUAGCAACCAAUGGGCAGGGAGAGAUAUCCUAAUUGGCUGAUGCUUACGUAAACAUGCUUAUAAAAGUGUCGUGGUCAACGACCUCUCGCAUUUAAUGAAAGGUAAAACGGAGUGCUUCUUCUGAAAUCUGCAGAUAUAUCCAUUUUGGUCUCCUCACAAUUUAGGAUGGAGCGAAGACACAUUCACAUACUCUGCUUGGUUGGGUUGAUUGCCCUACUUGUGACAGAUGCGAAUGCUGCUAAACAUUCCUUGAGUGUCAAGCACCAUCCUGACGGCCAUUCUGGUGCGGAGUCAUCAAUCAGCUUGGCCACCGGGAAAAUCUUUCAUAUUGUGAGGCGCGGGAUUGAUGGUGGGAUUCUGUAUACAUUAUUUGCCACUUGGCAUGCCGACACGUCAUACCUAGAGAAGUGUCUAACACACAGUAAACUUCAACUAUGCCUUGUCAGACAGCAACAGGCCUUACAGGAUUCACCAUCUAACAACACGAUUAUGUUAUAAAGUGGCGUUUUUAAAGUAUUAUUUUUACCCAACCUUUUAUGCGAAUAGUUUUUUGAUAUUGUUGUUGAUUUAUCUAAUGGCAUUUAAUAAAUGCUCAAUUUUCGACAA